AUGGGAGCGCCUGUUGGGUCCAGGUGGGUCCAGGGGGGGUGUAACCUACUGCACCCCACCUCAGUGUGUUUCUAUAUGGGGUGUACAAUACACCCAUCCCCACUCCCCACACCCCACGCCCCACUCCCCACGCCCCACUCCCCACACCCAACACCCCACUCCCAACACCCCACACCCAACACCCCACCUCCCACACCCCACUCCCCAUACCCCACUCCCCACGCCCCACACCCCACGCCCCACUCCCCACGCCCCCACUCCCCACACCCAACACCCCACUCCCAACACCCCACACCCAACACCCCACCUCCCACACCCCACUCCCCAUACCCCACUCCCCACGCCCCACACCCCAUGCCCCACACCCCACACCCCACUCCCCCACGCCCCCCUCCCCACUCCCAACACCCCACUCCCAACACCCCACACCCCCACGCCCCACUCCCAACGCCCCACUCCCCACUCCCAACACCCCACCUCCCACACCCCCACUCCCCAUACCCCACUCCCAACACCCCACCUCCCACACCCCACUCCCCAACACCCCACUCCCCACGCCCCCACUCCCCCACACCCAACACCCCACUCCCAACACCCCAGACCCAACACCCCACCUCCCACACCCCACUCCCCAUACCCCACUCCCCACGCCCCCACACCCCACGCCCCACUCCCCACGCCCCACUCCUCACACCCAACACCCCACUCCCAACACCCCACUCCCCACACCCAACACCCCACUCCCAACACCCCACACCCAACACCCCACCUCCCACACCCCACUCCCUAUACCCCACUCCCCACACCCCACCUCUGUCUGCAAUGCCCUAG